AUGGGCUCACUCCAUACACUACGACCCUUGAAACCAAAGACAUCUCCCCUCGACAUUAACGAUAAAUUUGGGGUCUCCUCUUGGGAAGAAAAUCAACUGCAGAUGAUAUUCGAAUCACCGCCAUGGGAGCAAGCGCCCCUUUCCACGAGAACCUGGGAUGCGGACGGAUCAUCAGCAUCUGAGUACUUCACCCAAGAUGCCAUCUUGGCCUAUGGGUUGUCUGAUAUCCUGUUAGCCGAUCCAUCACCUCUUUCUGCAGCUGGCCUAGAGGUAGACCCGAGCGACGCCAACUGCAGCGCCAGCCCGGAGCAUCUUCUCUUGGAUAGCAGCCCUCUUCCGAUAAACCGCGAUUUCCUAGAACACUCAGCACACCGGGGACCUAGACGCGGUUCAGACUUCACGCUGAGGACGGCUUCCGAGAAGCCAAAGAGACUGGCGCGUCACCGCAAGCCAGUUGGUCCGUCAAUGGAGGCCAGCGCCCGGGAAGGCCACAACCUGGCCGAAAAACAGUACCGCAUCCGACUCAAGGCGCAGUUUGAGGCUCUCCUGGCCGUGCUGCCAGUGGCGAACAAGCCCAACGAUGUCGACCAUGCUCCCAGGGUGAUUCAGGGCCAGUGCUUCAGCAGAGGUGAGGUGCUGGACGCCGCAAGGGAGACCAUUUUGAAACAGGAGAACGAGAUUGAGGCCCUGACUGCAAAACGCGACCAACUGGAAAGAGACAUGGCAACCUUGGAGCGGGUCCUACGGAGAGGCCGAAUAUGA